AUGAGGGGAGCGGAGGCCGCGGUGAUGGCAGCAGCGGCGGCCACCGCGAUGCGAGACGAGGACGAAGACGAGGACGAGGACGAGGCGGCGGGGCGGGAGCAGCAGCCGCAGCCCCCCCAGCCGGCCGGGGUCGCGUGCGCGGUCUGUGGAGAGCUGAGCAGUGGGUGUAACCGGGACCGCGGUAAACCCUGGAAAAAAUUCCUAUAUUGUGAGCCACAUAAGAGAAUUAAGGAAGUUCUCGAAGAAGAACUUUUUAUUCAGAGAGAUGAAUGCCACAUCAAAAAUCCAUCUACAGUGGCUCUGGAAGGGAUCUGGAGCAUUAAAAGGAAUUUCUCCGUGGGAAACUUGAAGCCAGGAUCACAGAAUAAAAACAGUUUACUUCCACAACCUAAAUACUAUUCCAGACAUGGAGGAAUAAGAAGAUAAGUAACUCUCUUCUAUUGAGAAGUCACUUAUCUUCAUGUCCCAGGAGCUAAGAAGAAAUCUAGGUACAUACCCC